AUGAAGGUGGCAAUAGUUCUUCUUUCUCUAGCAGCCUUUGCUUCGGCCGAUUUACAUAAAUAUAACACCGCCUAUGGAUACUUAACAAGAUUCGGUAUUCCGUUGGCUGAAAAGAUUCGGGCACAGGAAGAAGAAUAUCUGAAGAACCCAAUUUCAAGAAUAUUCAAUGGUUCUCCCGCUGCAGUUGGACAAUUCAAGUAUCAGGCUGGCUUAAUCAGCGAGAUAAUUGGCAGCAAUGGUCGAGGAGUCUGUGGGGGUGUCCUCAUCAGUGGAAACCGCGUUCUCACAGCCGCUCACUGUUGGUUUGAUGGCUUAAAUCGAGCAUGGAGAGUAGAAGUUGUACUAGGAUCCCUUACAUUAUUCACUGGAGGCACAAGGCUCCACUCCACUGAAGUUGUUAUGCACGAUAAUUGGUUCCCACUUCUUACACGCAACGAUAUUGCUGUCAUCUAUCUACCUUCAUCUGUAGAACUUACUAACAAUAUCGACGUCAUCGCUUUACCAACUGGCGAUUUUGCUGAAGAGACCUUUGAGGGUGCACUUGCCACCGCUUCUGGUUUUGGAAUGAUCGGAAAUGAUGUACCUAUCCCAACUACCCAAAGUUUAAGCUAUGGACAAGCGCAUGUGAUAAGUAACACCGAAUGCCGAUCGGUAUUCUGGCAAGUCCAGGAUACCAACAUUUGUUUAGGGACUAAAGGAGCAUCAAGCCCUUGCAGAGGAGAUUCUGGCGGCCCACUCGUGGUGGAGAGGAACGGGUCACCCGUUUUGAUUGGUCUCACUUCGUUCGGAGCUCACCCUAAUAUUGGCGGUUGUGAAUCCGGCUUACCCGCCGUCUUUGCCAGAGUCACCUCAUACAAGGAUUUCAUUGAACAACAUAUG